GACACCAUCGUCAUUCCUACACACUAAACACCGAACAAGACAAACAAGCAAACUUCACAGUACGUCACUCAAUCCGUCAAUUGAUUUCACUGAAUGUUUCACUCAAUCAAAGUGACAUGACACUUUCUCCCACCGAUCAAACCUCACAAUGUCAGUAACGAUUUGUUGAAGACUAGCAUUCAAUUGGUUGACCGACAAAUUGACAACUUCACAAACGUAUAAAUUCUAGUCCACAACUCACUGGAACAUCAGAAAUCACCAAACGUACAAAUGCAAAGAACAUUGGUGAGGCAUUCAUUCGUCUAACCAAACAAAACUCUCUCUCUCUCUUUCUCUCUCACACACAGGUGACAAUAUUGACUUUCGCCUUCGCUGUGAACUAUCUGGAUGUGGUGCACUGUGAUGGAGAUGACGCACCCUCAUCUCCAGUCAAAUCACCUGAUCAGCAACCAGCUGCAACAGCCGCACCGAAUUCACCUGCAGCACCAGACACACCAGCAGCAGCUUCAGCAAAACCAGGUAAGUCCAUCCACUCUUCAUUCUUGGUGUGCAUUGAAUUUUGCUUGGGAAUGAUUUCCCAGUGUGCAUCACUCGAAUCAUGUGUCCCCGUGUUCAGACUGUGGACAGUGCAUCUGUACUCUGAUUUUAUUCCACAGAUUCGCCUGCCAACACGAAGUCAACCACACGUCCGAAACCAUCGAAGAGAGGACCGAGACCAGCCUACCCACCCAGAUCACCACCACGUGUUCGUGGUCCGUACGCUCCAACACAUCAAAGAAAAUACUAACGUCCACCACGAGAUGGUAGAAAAUCGGUGCAAGUAUGAGGUGAACGGAGCCAAUGUGUUCCACGACAAUUCCCUCAAUUUUACAUAUGUAUCGAAUGACAACUGAAUAAAAUGUUAGGCCCCA